AUAUUUUUUAGGUUACGAAGUAAACACUAAACAACAACGAUUUAUCACAUUUUAUUUUGUAUUUAUUAAUAUUUUAUUGUAUUUAUACACGUUAAUGCAUUUAUGUAUGUAAUACACAGUAAAUUAAACUAUGUCGAAAGUUACUAAACGGAAACAUGUUAUGAAUGAGACUCUUUGGGACGAUUAUGAAUUGCCCAAAGAAAAUCAGAGUGUUGUUAAAGUUUUAAGAAGCAGAGGAAAUAACUUACACGAGAUUACUACGCCUAGUGGAGAAGAAUAUUUAGUAUCAAUGCCCACAAAAUUUAGAAAGAACAUUUGGGUGAAAAGAGGAGAUUACAUCCUUGUAGAACCAAUUGCAGAAGGAGACAAAGUGAAGGCAGAAAUUGUAAAAAUCAUGAACAAGGAUUCUAUAAAAUAUUAUAAACAAAAUGAUGUUUGGCCAAAAGAGUUUGAUAAUGAUAAAAAGAAUGACAGUACUAAUAAUGGUGGUAAUGAUGAUGACGAUGAUGAUUUGUUUGUGAAUACAAAUAGAGUUCAAGUUCAGACUUAUGACAGUGACAGUGACUCAAGUGGCACAAGUGAAAGUGAGGAAAGUGAUCAAAAAUAAAAUGUACUUUUGACUUAUAA